GUUCUCGUGUGGAUGAAACCACCGUCGCCAGUAGCGUCGCGGUGUCGGACUGGCGCGGUUCCUCUCUCUGAUCUCAUUACUCUCUGUUUUUGUUCUAUUUUCAACUCCGAUCGCAAACAUCAAUCAGUAAGUACGCGUUGAAUAAAACACUUUUGGAAGACCAAAGGCAUUGAAACCGAUAUAUUUACAUUAAGUUGCGACAUUAUAGAUGACAAAAUGGAAAUGCAACGGACAAGUUAAUCAUCUUCGACAUCUUUUUCGAACGAGGCACAUUUGCUCAUUUCGGUACAUGUAACUGUUAUUGGCGUUGGAGGCUCUGUAAUUUGGACAACGGAAGAAGAAAGAUCAAAAAGCAAAGAGAAUCAGAUUCUCAUUAACAGCAAAAAAGCGCUCGAAUUGGAACGCAAUGGCCAUGUCGUGGCCAUAUGCGACAAGUGCAUCGCCGAUUGCGAUGUUGAUGAUGACAACACAAUUAACACCGUUGGCACUAAUGAUAAAUCACACGGAACCCAGUGAUUUGAUUGGCAAUAUCACGAAAGAUAUCAACGAUGAAGAGGAAGAAUAUACGCCGUAUAGUGAGCGACCAGAAACGUAUAUCGUACCGAUCAUCUUUCUUUUGAUCCUACUAAUAGGACUCACUGGAAAUGGCGUACUUGCUCUUACGAUUCUGCGACACACAAAUAUGAGAAACGUACCUAAUACGUACGUCCUUUCGCUGGCACUUGGGGAUUUACUGGUAAUACUGACAUGCGUUCCGUUCACCUUUACUGUCUAUGUUUUGGAUUCCUGGCCUUUCGGAUUAAUACUAUGCAGAUUCUCCGAGUGCGCAAAGGAUAUAUCUGUCGGAGUUUCCGUUUUCACUUUAACUGCACUAUCGGCAGAUAGAUUUUUCGCUAUUGUGGAUCCUAUGCGAAAAUUGCAUGUCACAGGUAGUGGAAGACGAGCAACACGCUUCACUGCAAUCGUUGCGGUGAUGAUUUGGAUUUUGGCUGGAAUAUGUGCAAUCCCGGGAUCUUUUUCGUAUAUCAGAGUUUUCAAGGUUAACCGGGAUAUAAGCUUUUGCGUGUGUUACCCGUUUCCCGAGGAAUUUGGACCAAACUAUCCAAAGGUGAUACUAAUAUGCCGUUUUUUUAUCUACUAUCUCAUACCUCUCAGCAUCAUCGCCGUUUUUUAUAUGUUGAUGGCCAGGCAUCUUAUGCGCAGUACGAGAAAUAUACCCGGUGAAAUGCAAGGCCAGGUAAAACAAAUACAAGCCCGUAAAAAGGUAGCAAAGAUGGUAAUGGCUUUCGUCAUAGUGUUUGCUGUUUGUUUUUUUCCACAACAUGUUUUCAUGUUGUGGUUUUAUUUUCAUCCAACUGCGGAAAAGGAUUACAAUGCUUUUUGGCAUUACUUUCGCAUCUUAGGUUUCUGCCUUGCUUAUACCAAUAGCUGCAUCAACCCUAUCGCUCUCUACUGCGUGAGUGGUACUUUUAGAAAGUACUUUGACAGAUAUUUGUUGUGUUGCGCCAAGAAGAAAAUACAAAAACGACAUCGACGAUCGUCAGAUCUAAGUUCUCGCGGGCGAGGGCAAAGCUUUUCACUUGUCAGUUCGAGAAAGUACUUGGGUGAUUCUCGCCGAGAGCAACGAAGUGCAAUGCGUCUCUCGAUCAUGGCAGGUGAUAUACGACCUACGACACCUAUUAAAGAACAAGAAACUACUAUCACUCUGUCAGCGUAUCCAAAUGACGUCGACGAGUCGUUAAAGAAUCAACGAAUCUCGACAGAAUCAACAGUACGUGAUCGAUUAGUUACUUAAGGAAGUUCCGCUGCUAAAUCAAAAUAAACAGUUUUUCAUGAAACUUUGUAGAGAAGUUUAAAUUAGUGAUAUAAAUUGUGUGACUAUCAAAAUUUCAGAAAGCUGAACUUGCUUGUUAUUUAGAUAUUAAAUAUUUUAUUAACAUGGGCUCUUUUGCACGGAAAAAAAAGAUUUAGUUCACAUAACCAGAACUAUUUAGUUGCAAGCAAUAUGGCUGCAUCAUCUAGUUAUCUUUAAACGAUAAUUAUGCGUAUGGUCAUCAUUUAAAGAUGAACUAGAUUGAUAUGACUUUUGACUUUAGUAUGUCAACUAUACCAAUGUAUAGUUGCGCGAAAGCUGGUUGUAGUAACCAGUACAUAGUUAGGACUUCUUUCCCAUGGCUAAGCUAAUUUAUUCAUAUAGUUGUAUCAAUCGGGAUGCUACGCUAUAAAGCAACAAUGUCAAAAAACAAAAGCGAUUCACUACGCAGGCAACUAUAGAGAUGUGUACAUGUGGAUCGCUUGAUUCGCGAUGCGACGUUUGCGUGCACAGUAAUGGUGCACAUCGGCGUUGGAAAGGUGACUCGGUGUCUCGGUUACAGGUUACACAAACGUAUCUAACGCGGGUGAAGUCGUCGUGUCCUGUUGUUCGCGUACACGAAAAUAGUGUGCAUCGGCGUUGAGAAGGUGAUUCGGUGUGUCUCGGUUAUACGAUAUGCACACGUCUUAAGGCCAUUGCACGUACAUUUCUGUAGUCGUUACCGUAAGAAAUUGAGCAAUACAAUUGAUUAAUUCGGUCGGUUACGGCUGAUUUGAGCAAUAUGAUUAGUCGAAAUCUUACGAUUACGAUUACAAAAAUGUAUGUGCAAUGGCCUUAACGUGGGUGAAAUCAUCGUGUCGUGUUGUCGCGUGCACAGUAAUAGUGCGCAUCGGCAUUAACUAAUGAUGAAAGUGACUACACUAACAAUUAUUCAAGAUGUGAAUAAUUAAUUUUUAUAUCACAUCAAGACAAUUUGUCUAAGUCAACCAAACGAUAUAGUUGUCAUUAAAAUAUUAGUAGUUGCAGUAUCAAGAAAUAGUCUGGUUGCAACAACCAGGUGUAAUUAUUGCUGCAACACAAGUCAUUCAACAAUAGCUCUAUAGUUGCAGUAAACACAUGCCUAGUUGUUCUAUAUUUUACUAUAAAAUCUGGUUGUAGCAACUAGAUUUAUAUGUCGACUAACCAGACUGUUUUUUCCGUGUGGGAAUCGAUAAAUUUUCAGGAUCUUUCAGUUUUUAUUGUCGUAUUAAACAUAGAAGUAACGAAUAGAUAUUAGUAACUUUACUAGUAAGAAACUUUACAAUAAUACAUCUUAGCUGUUCAGAAAAGUACUGUUGAAUUUUUGAAACGACGCACUUGCUCGUUUGAAUAAAAUAAUUGAUAAAAUAAAAAAAGUUUACAAUAAUCGAAGUAAUACAGCACGUAAAUGUGGUAAAUGUGUGCUAGUAAUAUAACAUAAAUUUUUAAUUGUUGUAUUUAGUCAUCUAAGGGUGGUAUAAUAGUGAAAAAUUUACUUGUUCUUUAUAGCCGAUUUUUUUCUUAUAUUCACCAUUAUUAACUUUAGAUCAUAUACAGCAAAAAAAGGAGGCAACAAAAUAGUCAUUUGAAUAUUUUUUUUACUUGAACCCCUGUGCCAUUUGUUGUGCCGGGCCUGAACAGAGGAACUCCCUUGAAGAAGAUAUCAAAGUCAUAUUUCUUAUAAACAUUUAUAUUAAAAUAAUUCCUGUGUCACUUAAUAUUUAGUAAUUUAUAUUUUAAUAAUAUCUUUUGACAAUCUUUUUACAAGCUUUAGAUUGUUAAAUCACGAUGUGUUUAAUUGUGGCAUUUGAAGGAAAAGUGAUAAAAUCUUCUACAUACCCGUUAUGAAUAAUUAAAAUCAUUAAUACCUAGGAAAAAACAAUGUAAUUAUUACGUUUGACCUGACUGAUUAUUAUUAAUUUAUUUUUAGGGCAACUUUUCUGUAAUUUACUUCGCUUAUAUUGCCUUUUAGAUUAUAUCUAGGCACAUAUUAUAACUCAAAAAUGUGUACCACAUAAUUUUUACGUAUUUAAGCACAUGAUAAAGACCGAAACCAACGGUCAAAACGUUGUGCGCUAUUUGUUGAAUAUAUUUGAGGCCAGUCAGGUCAAACGUAAUAAUUACAUUGUUUUUUUCUUUUGUAAUUACUGGCGAAUAAAUAAUCAUUUUAUUAAUACCUAGAUUAUUUAAUUAUCGUAUUAAAGUGACAUGCUUAUUGUUCCUUGUCAUAAUUUAGGAUAAAUAUUAUGCAAAUAAAAUUCUGUUUCACAACAUUUCCGUUUAACCAUGUGUAACAGAAUCAGACAUUAGUAAAAUUAGCACCAAUUAACGAUAAACAAAAUAAAAUAAACCGACUUCGUAUAAUUUGUAAAAUUCUAGUAUGUAUCUUGUGCGACCAAUAAAUACAUUCCGCCAAAUAAGUCACAGUAUUAAAUAAAAGCUAUGGCAAAGCUUUGACAAGAAAUAAAAUUUUAAACGACAGUAUACGAAUGUAUACUGUUAUUUGUAUAGAAUACAAAUGCGUAAGAAAAACUAAAAUUAUUAUGAAAUAAUUUGAAUUAUUACAAAGAUAGCAUAGUAAAAAAACAUAAAUAAAUUAUUUACAAGUUUACGCAAUGUUGAUCUCGAUUGUAUUAUAAAAGAAAUAAAAAAUUCUAAACCUGCAACUAAAUUAUAUUUUAUAAUACGUGUCUACGUGAUUAAUCUUUAUUUAGUCGCGCGGAAUCGCCAGUUAUCCCAAAAGAAAAUGAUAAAAAAUAAGAAAUAAAAAAAUAUAUAUUUCUAAUUAAAAAAAAAUUUUUUUAAUAAAAUUAUAUACUAACAUUUUAACUCUUAGUUAAAAUUUUUGAUUCGAGGCGACUAAUUAAAGUUUAAUUACGUAGUGGAUAUCUAAUUAUCUUGUACUUUUCUCGUGUAUAAAGACAGGAAUAAAGUACAUGUAUAUAAUGGCUAUUAGUAUAAAUACGUUACAGCAUGUACAAAUUAAAUAAAAAAUAUUGCAAACUGAA